ACAAGACGCUGUCUUUGCACCAGUCUUGACCUUGACUUUUUUUUUUUUAAUUCGAGUCAGUCAGACAUAUAUGACCUGCGGUUGUGAAAUGUAUUCAGGAGUUUUAACUUCUAUUUUGAUUUUUAUUCUCAUGUUCCGUUCUUACUUUUGACCAAUUCUUUAUCGGAGCGAUGUUUAAUUUGCACUUACCAGCAAGUCAAUAAUUCGAUCACACCAAAGUAAACAUCAUCGGAAUUCGUUUUUUCCACGUAAUUUUCAUCGUUCCUAGCGUUAACCAUUGACUAAUCCUUUUCAACCAUCCCGGGAAAACAAAGCAGCGGGGGUGCGGUCUUCCCUGUAGCCGACAACGGAAGCGGAAAUUCGGCCAUCUCCUCGUACACUCGGGCUCCACCAGGGUCAGUACUCACUUGUUUUGGACGUUUAUUCCCUAGUGCUGCCGCCGCUUUUGCGUGUCAUUUUUGCUCGCAAUUUCAGCGAUCGAAUGGUGCAAAGUGCAGGAAAUGCCCUUGCUAAAGCUGGUGCCGUGUCGCCGUGCGGUUGACUGUUACCAACUAGCAGCAGCUAGCUCCCAGCUAACUCGCUAACAAGUGAUUUCUGUUGCCACUCACACCGUUUUCAUCUCUCUGCGUCGGUGGUUUCAGGACCCGAUGUUGCCACGAGAAGACAAGACCAGCUGAGGGAAGGCUGUGAAUGAGUGACGUGCAAGACGGAAACCCCACAGACAGCAAGAGGAGAGACACUAUUUCUGCAUCAUUCUUGUGUAACAGAUUGCAAGAGAACUCGACGGCCCAUCGGUUGCCAUGUCGACCUCAUCGCUACGGCGACAAGUAAAGAACAUUGUCCACAACUAUUCAGAGGCUGAAAUCAAGGUAAGAGAAGCAACAUCCAACGACCCAUGGGGUCCCAGCAGCUCCCUGAUGUCAGAGAUUGCAGAUCUGACGUACAAUGUAGUCGCCUUCUCUGAAAUCAUGAGCAUGGUGUGGAAGCGCCUAAAUGACCACGGCAAGAACUGGAGACAUGUGUACAAGGCUAUGACUCUUAUGGAGUACUUGAUCAAGACGGGUUCGGAACGGGUAGCCCAACAGUGCCGAGAGAACAUUUACGCAGUGCAGACCCUCAAGGACUUCCAGUACAUCGACAGAGACGGCAAGGACCAGGGGGUGAAUGUCAGGGAGAAAGCCAAACAGCUAGUGACUCUGCUCAAGGAUGAAGAAAGACUCAGAGAGGAGAGGAUCCACGCCCUCAAAACCAAAGAGAAGAUGGCACAGACCUCCAGUGCAUCCUCUGCACCAUCAGCACCAAGCUUGGGGGGUAGCCUCUCGCUCGGAUCCCACUCUGGAGGAGCAGACCCCGAACAGGCCUGGCCGCAAAGCUCCGGAGAAGAAGACCUGCAGCUCCAACUGGCUUUGGCCAUGAGUAAAGAAGAAGCCGAGCAGAAAAGCACGGACCCUCUGGAGGAUGCAGAGUUCCGCUAUGCAAUCACACUGAGCAGAGAGAUGCUCCAAAAGGAGGAGAGGCUGCGCAGAGGGGACGACCUGCGACUGCAAAUGGCCAUUGAAGAGAGCAAGAGGGAGAAGGCAAAGCCAGAGGAGAAUGCUUUAAUGGAACUAAGUGCGGUGGACCCCUGGGGUCCCACCGGCAGUUCUUCUGCUGCUGCUGCGGCCUCGGUGGGUUCUGCCGGGCCUUCUCCUCCACCAGCAGUUCCUCCUGCAGCUUCAGGCCCGUGGGGCACCACCUCAACAGACCCAUGGGGUGUAGCCUCGCCAACAUCCCCAACAAGUUCCGACCCUUGGGGCGGAGGGGCCCCGCCCACAAUAGCUCCUCCUCCAGAUCCCUGGGGAGAGACAGCCAACAGGGUGAACAAUGUGGAUCCCUGGGGAAGCUCAGCUGUGACUCCCCCCAGUGUCGACCCCUGGGGCACGCCUGCUCCUCCCAGCACCUCCUCCUCAGGGGGUCCAGUUGACCCCUGGGCACAGGACGGGGCCCUCCCUGCCUCUGACCCUCUCACCUCUGACAUCUGGAGUUGCCCGGCCAAACAAACAAACGGCACAGGAGAUCCAGAGCCACGAGGGUCCUCUGCAACAGGCUGUGACGGCACAGGCUCGCCGGUGCCCUUUGACCUAUCUUCUCUUGGCUCAUCAUUACCUGUACGAAAGACCCCGGAGUCCUUCUUGGGUCCGAACGCAGCUCUCGUAGAUCUGGAUUCUCUUGUGUCAUCGAAACCCAAACCCAAGCAGCCACCGCCACCCUCCAUCUCCUCAUCGUCAGCGCACAACCCCUUCCUCCAGAACACGGGCUCAUCUCCAGCUCCCGGAAUGGCAGUGACACCAGGCAGCACCAUCUCCAGCAGGGGCGUCUCCCCCACACCUGCCUCCUCCAACCCUUUCGGGGUGGCCCCAGCCAUGAGCUCCAUCUCACCUCAGCCCUCUUCACUGGGCCUCAGCGGCCUUCGCACCAGUCCAGUGCCUCCCAAUCCCAUGUUGGGAAUGGUGCAGCCAGGCAUGGGCAUGGGGCCCAUGGGUUUGGGAAUGGGAGGUCAAGGGAUGCACCUCAGCAUGAUGCAGCCAGGGCCCAUGAGCAUGGCGUACAGCGGGCUCUCGCCCAUGGCACCUCCCGGGUCAGGCCUGCUGCCCGGUGCGGCACCUCCUCAGCUGAUUUUAGGUGGGCCCACUGGCUCGGGCGGCGUGAUGGGAGCCGGAGGACCAGUUGGAGGCGGAGGAACGACGGGCGCGAGCACGAAUCCCUUUCUUCUUUGAAGAAGCACGAGUCCACUGAGCCGUCGCACCUGCUGCCCCCUUUACUACCCCCAAAACACAGUUUUGUGUCCCAAAUGAAAAAUGCCUACAUCUCUAUAUUUAAAGAAAAAUGGAAAAUAUUCAAAAAUUGUUGUUUUAUGUUCUUUUUCCCGCCCCCCUAAAAGUAUUUCAUCACCUUCUGCAUUUCGUUCCCUUCAUUUCAGUUUUUGGCAGGAUUAUUUGUUGUUUCCGUUUGUCGCCUCACUGUCUGGUGUUGAAGCACUGGGAGAGGAAAAGCCACUCACAGCAGAGAAACUGUUGGACCCCAAACUCCUUCAUUUCUCGCCUGAAAGAUACUGAAUCACUGAGACAAGCGCAUGAAGGAACUCCUGACUGAAUUCACCACCAACAUUUCAAGCUUUACUGUUAUAUAAUUUAUUUCUCCCCACUGUGGGGGAACAAAUAAACAGUGAGUCAACACAAGUGGGACGUGACGAUGCCAUUUCACAUCAAAUGCUUUGCUUUUUUGAUGAAGGCUGUGCAGUGAAACGAGGGGAAUGAAUGUGUGUCGCCAUGUGAUGCGCUAACACUGAAAAGCCAAUAGCUCCUGCUUCUGUGUUGGUGUGCCGUCGCCCUCUUGUGUUCCACUUUAUUUCAGAGACUCCGAGGACUGAAGAGCUUCGCAUUUCUAAAUGUUAAAUCUUAAUUUCAAGGGUCACAUAUUUCUGCUUUUUUUUUUUUUUAAA